CACCAGAAGUCCCGCCCGGCUCACUCCACAUUAUGCUGCUGCCUGAUCGUCGGGUCUUGUGACUCUGCCGUGCUCCAUCAACAUGAUCACUACUACAUUGACACUGCUGUUGCUGAGCCUCGGUUUUUGCAAGGGGGGGCUGCAAGAAAACUACAUCGAUGACUUCGAGGAGACGGAGGAGGUCGAGGUCUUCGCCCAGCCUUCGAAAUACGGAUCCCUGUGGCCUCUGCCGCAGAAAGUGCAGAUCUCGGAGGUUUCAUUCAAGUUGAGCAGCUCCAGCUUCAAGAUAGUUGACGCCAAGCAGUCAUCGGCUGGUGCGAGCUGCAGCCUCCUGCAGGAUGCGUACAGGAGGUAUUUUGAAUACAUGUUUGGAAGUGGUAAAAGGCAGCAGCUGAACAAAGGCAGGCGGGGAGGGCCUUCAGAGGUGACAGAGCUUCAGGUGUGGAUCACAUCACCUGACUCUGAAUGUGACGGUUACCCCAGCGUGUCAUCUGACGAGUCAUAUGAACUGACAGUGACAGAUCAGCCGUAUGCUGUGCUGAAAGCACCGAAGGUCUGGGGAGCCCUGCAUGGUCUGGAAACUUUCAGCCAGUUGGUGUAUGAAGAUCAAUAUGGAGCUAAAAGCAUCAAUUCAACCUCAAUCAAUGACUUCCCCAGAUUUGCACACAGAGGCAUCUUACUGGACACCUCUAGACAUUUCCUGCCUAUUAAAGUCAUCUUGGCUAAUCUGGAAGUAAUGGCGUGGAACAAAAUUAAUGUUUUCCACUGGCACAUUGUGGAUGAUCCAUCCUUCCCCUAUCUGAGCCGAACGUUCCCACAGCUGAGCCAGAAGGGAGCUUUCCAGCCAUACACACAUGUGUAUACACCCGCUGACGUGAAGAUGGUGAUUGAGUUCGCACGUCUCAGAGGCAUCCGUGUUGUCCCAGAGUUUGACACUCCAGGACACACACAGUCUUGGGGCAAAGGCCAGCCCGAUCUGCUCACACCCUGUUACUCCGGCUCCAAACCCUCUGGCACCUUUGGACCAGUGAACCCUAUCCUGAACACCACGUAUGAAUUCAUGACCCAGUUUUUCAAGGAGAUCAGCACCGUGUUCCCCGAUGCCUACGUUCACCUGGGAGGUGAUGAGGUGGACUUCAGCUGCUGGAAGUCCAACCCGGACAUUCAGAAGUUCAUGGAACAGCAAGGCUUCGGACAAGACUACAAGAAACUGGAAUCAUUCUACAUCCAAAAACUUUUGGACAUCGUCACCACUACCAAAAAGGGCUACAUGAUCUGGCAGGAGGUCUUUGACAAUGGUGUUAAGUUGAAACCAGACACACUUAUCCACGUUUGGAAAGGAAACCAGCAGCAAUACCAGAAUGAGAUGGCUAUGGUUACAUCAUCAGGGUACAAGACCCUGCUGUCCACUCCCUGGUACCUGAACCGUAUCUCCUACGGCCAGGACUGGCAGGGCCAUUACAAGGCCGACCCACAGGAUUUCAAGGGAACUGAAGCACAAAAGAAGCUUGUGAUUGGUGGAGAAGCCUGUUUGUGGGGAGAGUAUGUGGACGCCACCAACCUCACACCCAGACUCUGGCCUCGUGCUAGUGCUGUGGCAGAGCGGCUGUGGAGCGCUAAGGAUGUGACAGACAUCAACGAUGCCUACAACAGACUGUCUGCGCACCGCUGCCGUAUGGUGGAUCGUGGGAUCCCAGCUCAGCCGCUGUUUUAUGGCUUCUGUCCCCACGAGUACAAAGGGAUCUAAACCAACCGAGCGGCUGGACGUGGGAGCGAGAAAGGGAAGCACAUCCACAUACCAUCAGCACCAUGCUUAUAUUUGAAAACGAGAAAUCAAAUGCUACACUGCCUUUGUGGAGAUCACUGUAUCAAUGCUGAGACACAUCAUUCUUUUUAGAUCUGCACAUUAAUGUCAAACAUGAAGAAGAUGAUGAAUUUCUGAAUGCACUCAUUGCUUUUUAUGAAUGUUUGUAAAAUUGACUGAAUAAAAUCUUUACAUUUUA